GGGGCCCCAUCGGCUUCCCAGGUUUCCCAGGAGCAAAGGGCCAACCAGGCACCAGAGGCACCGAGGGCACAAACGGUGAAACUGGUCCUCAGGGGAAACAGGGCAGCCGAGGGUUGAAGGGGAACAGAGGAGCAGAUGGACGAACCGGCAAACCAGGACCCAGAGGGAACAAGGGUUGGGCUGGUCAGAGGGGUCACCCAGGGCAACCAGGCCCAUCGGGUUUGCCGGGCCUACCUGGACCUAAGGGAGCAGAAGGAAAGCCUGGGUCCCUCGGGUGCAUCUGGCAGCGCUGGUAGUAAAGGACCGACGGGCUUUCAAGGAAUAGCUGGAGACAGAGGAGCAGAUGGUCCGCCAGGUUCUCCGGGCCCACCGGGGAAGACGGGGCCUCCGGGUUCUCCAGGACCCCUCGGAGACAAGGGUUUUACAGGGAAGCCGGGCUUGGAGGGACCUCAGGGCCCAGUAGGCAUGUAUGGAAUCCAGGGGAAUGUGGGGAUGCGAGGACCUCCAGGUUUCACAGGAGAAAGGGGUGAGGCAGGUCUACGAGGUUUACCUGGAGCUGUUGGGAAGCCAGGACCUGCAGGUCUGCCGGGUCCUCCGGGAGAAAAAGGGCCUCGAGGACCUCAGGGUCGACCUGGAGAUGAAGGACCUAAAGGAGUACCGGGAGCAUUGGGGCCUCCAGGUGUCCCCGGUUCCAAUGGAGCGUCAGGAAAACCUGGACCCAGAGGAAGUAAAGGACCUCCUGGACCUCAGGGGCCUCAGGGGCCAACAGGAAUCCCAGGUCUGCAGGGUGAUGAUGGAUUAUUAGGAGCAGCAGGAGAAAAAGGACCGAAGGGUUUGGCUGGACCACUUGGUGAUUCAGGGCCUCCAGGACAAGACGGACAACAGGGUCUUCCAGGACAAACAGGAAUCGAAGGUCCACCUGGAAGAAAAGGAGACCAGGGAGACCUCGGUCCUUGUGGGAAAACUGGACCUCAAGGGCCCCCCGGAGAGAGAGGACACGAGGGCACUAAAGGCCCCCUGGGACCCCCUGGAGCAGCCGGUAAAGAGGGGGACGUCGGUCAUCCUGGAGAAGCUGGAGAACCUGGAUCCAAAGGAGACAAGGGUGAGCUUGGACCUCCUGGUUUGUCCGGUCGGGAAGGUCCCUGGGGAGCCAUUGGAGAUAAUGGAAACAGGGGUCCAAAGGGGGAGAAGGGCCACAUGGGACUGAUGGGUGAACCGGGGCUGAUGGGAGAACUGGGUCCUGCAGGUCUACCUGGUUUACAGGGAACCACCGGCCCCCGGGGGCCUCCAGGAGGAGAUGGACCUCAGGGAGAAAAGGGGGAGUCUGGGCCUGUUGGAACCUCUGGACCUCCUGGAUCAGAGGGUUUGCAGGGGUUAAGUGGACCACAGGGUGUCAGGGGAGACAGUGGGAGACUUGGACCACCUGGUCCGGUGGGACAAGUUGGACCUCAGGGAGACCAGGGAGCUAAAGGAGAACCUGGGAUACAAGGAGAGAAGGGAGAACCAGGAGCCCCAGGACCCCCCGGAGAACAGGGUGAGGAUGGUCUUCCAGGAAUCCAAGGUCCACCAUCUCUGCCAGGGUUGGAGGGGCCUCCUGGAGAGAUGGGACUCCAGGGUUCUCCAGGUCCCUCCGGAGCUCCUGGAGCUCAAGGAAAACCAGGACCUGAAGGAAAACAGGGCAUGAAGGGGGAGAAGGGAGACGAUGGUGUGAUUGGACCCCCGGGGAAGAUGGGUCAUAUAGGAAGGAGGGGAAAACGAGGGAAGGCUGGAGCCAGAGGGACCAGAGGAGACCGAGGACCAAAGGGUGAAAAGGGAGACGUAGGAGCAGUCGGCGUACCCGGGUGGUCGGGCCUCAUCGGAAUCCCUGGUUUACGCGGAGAGUCGGGGGAUCAAGGUGACAAGGGGAAAGAGGGUGAGAAAGGAGACAUGGGGCUGGAUGGACCUCCUGGACGCGAUGGAACGAAGGGUAUCCGUGGUGCUGUUGGAUUUCCAGGUCUACAGGGCAUAAAGGGAGAACAGGGAAACAUUGGUCCACCGGGGCCAAGGGGGACGAUGGGAUUGCCUGGAUUUCCUGGUUUGUUUGGAUUAAAGGGUUUGAAAGGUUACCCCGGUCUGCCAGGACUACCGGGCAGGAGAGGGCUGCCGGGUCCACCUGGUGUUCCCGGACCUCCAGGAAAACCUCUGAACAUGACUUUGACUCAACUCAAGGACCUGAUGUAUUUGUCCGAUAAGCCCAACUACCCUCUGAUCCAGACGCUGCUGGAUUCUCUGCAGCUUGAGCUCCGGCUGCUGCUGGAUCCUCCCGAUGGCAGCAAAGAGCGUCCGGCCACCACCUGCCUGGAGCUGUGGAUCUGUCACCCCGAAUACAGCAGCGGAAUGUAUUACAUCGACCCCAACCAGGGCAGCCCGGCCGACGCUCUGCUGGCCUACUGCAGCUUCGCCUCCACUUCAAAAGAGACCUGCCUUCAUCCUCAGGACUCUCAGCUGCCCAUGAAAGCCUGGAUGGAGGAUUUUUCUGAAGAGGGAUCAUUUCAGUGGCUCAGCAGGCUGGAUCGGGGGUUUCAGUUUUACUAUCCAGGUGCCAACGUGGUCCAGUUGCGUUUCCUGAGGUUGCACAGCAGCACCGCCAUCCAGAAGGUGACGUAUUCCUGCCAUCCAGGACAUAGACUGGGCCAGACGGAGCGAGACGUCAAGUUCCUCACAGACACCAGGAAGCAAAGUUACCUUGGAGCACUAAAAGAUUGUCAGCCCGGAGAGGAGACGCUUUCCGGUCCUCGGGAGUCGGUGUUUGAGUUCGAGGACCUGCAGCUGCUUCCUCUGAGGGACGUGGCUCUGAUGGGAGGAGGAAACUUCAGCCACCUGUUCGGCCUCACAGUCGGCCCGGUGUGUUUCAGCUAGAAGUCGCUAACCUCCGUUGAAAACACGGAGAGGACGACUGCAGCUCCCACUUUCUGCAGAUCACCUUCCCCUCCGGCCAUCGGAGGAUCUGAUCUGUCGAGUUGAGUGACUCCGUCUGAAUGAAUUUCAAAGGGCACAUGUGCGCUUUUUUUUAUAUCACGGAGAAGUCGAAUUUGUUUACAGAGACAUUUAUCUUGUAUUAAAUAAUUUAAAAAUGUAUGUUUUUUAUCCUUUAUAUACAAUGUUCUUUGUUAAAUGUUUUUGUUGUGUAUUUAGGGUUUCUGUUAUAGCUUUCAGACUGUAUAGAACUGACCUCCUAACAAUGUGUUCCUGCACACGGCUCCUCGUCUGUUACUGUACUUUAGUACUGUAGGUGAAGCCACGUUUCACUUUAACUCAAGGUGCUGAUCAACUUUUAUUAUUUAAUCCCAAAACCAGUAGAUCUUACUUGUCGAUAUCUGUCAUCUUGUUAAAAUACAAAGCAUUGGUUCUUGUUUUUUUUUCAUAUAAUUGUAUUUCUCAGGUACUUUAAUGACACAUGUGGGCGCUGAAUGUGCCUCUUUGUGUUUGAGUUUAGACUUUACAAGUGUUCAGAUGAGAAAAGUUAAAGGAUAAAUUCAUGGAAACCAGCAAUGCAUUAUUGAUUUUCAAAGAAUUCUUUCAAAAAAACAGCAAUGGAAGACAUUUAUUCAUCCCCAUAAUCUGUAGUUUCUGGCCAGAAAUGCUCAGAAGGGGCUGCAGCAGAAACCAACAUGUUUGCAAAUACACACAGCAGGAAGUUAUUGGUUUAAAUCCCAGCCACGGAGCUUCACUGCAUGUUGUUCACUCUCCACGCUUUCCUACAAAUGUCAGAUGUGUCUCUACUGUUUAGCUAAUAAAUGUAUAAAUAUCCCCAAAAAGGAGAAAAAAGUCCUGGAGUAAAAGAAAGAAAUGCCUAUCUGAGGGCUGCACUACAAAGCAACAUUAGUGGGUUAUAGCAGGUAUGUGGAGCUUAAAAUCAGUGCUGUCAGUGUGUGUUGAUGUUGGAUCACCAUGGUAACUGAUGGUUGACAUCCUUUUGACACGGUUCUGUUCAGAGGUUUGGCUUCAAACCUGCCAUAAGAAGCAUCUCCCCUUCACCAAUUCGUGACGCAGAUUCUCCGCUGAGGCAAUGUUACAGCAGGCAAACUGUAUGCAUCACGUUGCCGUGGUAACCCGAUGCAGAAAAUGCAUGGUUGUUUGUUGUGUUAGGCUCGAAUUUGUCUCCAAGAUCAUUUUCCACUGCUGGUGCUGCAGCUAAUCAAACACAGAUGAGAAAAUUCAUUAGUAUAUUGGUAUUUAUCACAGAGAAUAUUCAAUCAGUAACAUUAAUUUGACCAAUUUGACCAAACAAUUCCAGUAAUCCUUCAUUAUGGAGCACUUUAGACCUAAAUGCACUCACUUUGUAGACUGUAAAACUAAAUAAAAUUUCAGAGUUCGAACACGCAGCCGCCGUCUUGUCAAUAAAUGGUAAAAUAAAUGUUAAUUUGCAUGAUUGAAUUUUAUUUUACUAGCAGUCCUCUAAUGUGUCAUAAUAUAUCUUAAUAUUCCUCAUAGCUCACUAUCAUAGCAUCCUAUUUCUCUUACUAAGGUAGGCAGCACCUGAUUGGUCCAUUUAGUGCAAAAUCAGAGUCAAAAUAACUUCAAAUACCUUAAAUACAUUCAACGUUGUUUAAAACUUGUCUAAAUUGACACAAAAAUUGUCCCAAAUGAAGCAAAACCUGUCCAAGAUGACUGAAAAUAACUCAAAACCUGUAGAAAAGGACUUGAAAAUUGUCCCAAAGGACUUAGAACUCGUCCAAGAUUACUCAAAAUUGCUUAAAUGACCUAAAAUACACCAAAAAAUUAUUUAGAAUGUGUCCAUGAUUACAUUAUUUUUUUUCCAAAAUGAGCCACAGAUUGUCCCAAAGAACUCAAAACUACUCAAAAUGACUUAAAUUACCCGAAAUACAACCAACAUUUUUAAAAAAAAAAACUUGUCCAAAUUGACACAAGAACUGUCCCAAAAGACACAAACCCUGUCCAAGAUUACUGAAAACAGCUUAACAAAAUGGCUUGAAAAUUGUCCCAAAGCACUCCAAACUUGUCCAGGAUUACUCAAAAUGACUUAAAUUACCUAAAAUACACCAAACAAUAUUUAGAAUGUGUAUAUGAAUACAUAAGUUUUUUUCCAAAUUGAGACAAAAAUUUUCCUAAAGGACUCAAAACUACUUAACUACUUACUCAAAAAGACUUAGAUGCCUUAUAAUACAUCCAAUGAUGUUUAAAAUAAACCAAAAUUAAAACUUUUCCACACUUUACCACAGUAAAGGCAUAAUCCUGACAGUGAGGCACAGAGGUGGGAAUCCCUUUUCAUCAGAGUCUGAAAAAGGAAACUGGGUUUAAAACCACUCAUUAAACCUGUAAUAUUUGCUGCAUACAAAACCUGACUGAAAACCCCUCUAAACACCAAAUGUGAAAGUCUCUGCAGUAAAACAGCCUCAAACAUCUGAUUUAUUAACUCCUGAUGAAGCUGAACAUCACUUUUAUUAGCUGUUUUUCAGUCUUCAGAGGGAACCAGUGGAGUUUUAACAGAACAUGAAAGUUGUGAAAUAUUAAAAAAAUAGAGCAAAAAUUUACUCUUUUCCUUUAAUUUGAUGACAGGAAGUGAGUAACAUAGAAACACCUGAUUAUUCAAGUGCCAAAGAGAUGAACUCCUGCACGCUUUCGCUCAUAAAAUGAUAAACACGGUUUAAUCAUUGAUCUUCAUUCGACUUUAAACCUUCUGGUCAGCUGCAGAAUAUUAAUGCAGCAGCUUUACAGGAUAGCCAAAGGCUACAUUAACCAGAGAUGAAUUAUAGGAGCAUCUGACAUGGAGAAAAUGCAUAAAAAGAAGAAACAUACAUUUUUUUUAAAAAAAAAAUCCUAUGUGAGGAAAGCCUGGCAUGAACACAUCUGGGGAAUUAACAAAAUAAUGAUUCAGCCUGAUUAAUAAUCUGCUUUUCACAUUUUUCCCUGAAGAUUUUUGAUCGUUGCUGCUUUAAUAGAAUUUGAGCUCGUAAUGUUUAUGAAAUGCAUUUUUUUUUUCACCAGUCCAGUUAAAAUAAGGCAUGUUAGGAGUGUGACAAGUGUUAUUUUAUGUAAAGCUGAGGUUAUUUUACACAUUUUCCCAAUUUUUCCCAGAACCAAACUGUAAUUUCUCCCACUGCUUUGUUUAAAUCAUGCUUUAGUUUGACGCUAAGAUUAUUAAGCCGGCCCUGCAGAGCUUCUUUGCCCUUAAAUACCCGACCUUUUACUGCCCACUUAGCUUUUAGUGAUCGCCGUCCACCUGCAUUUCUGCUACAUUCGAUCUAAGAAGUGCUCGUGUCCGGUGGAAGAGCAGCAAACCUCAUAGUCAGUCUGCAGCGACAAGAUUUGAGUAAGAUCUCAGGGAGUUAGUGGUGAGAGCGUAGUUAAUGUGCUCCUCCAAAAACAGCAUCUCUGCAGCUGGAAAACUUUCCUUCAUUUUCAUGCAGUUUCUGAGGAGAACCAGAACUGAACAUACAGCUGAUGUUGGUUCUGGCCCCGGUGUUUAAUCUGCAAUAUUUCCUCUUUUUUUUUGUAUUUAGAUUUGUCACAGCAUUUCAUAUGAUUGCCUUAGCUGGCUGAGACUGAUCAUUGUUCCUUUACAUGUUUUGUACAAAUUGUCACUCACUGAAAGUAUGAAACGACAUGCUGGACAUCUGUCUUGUGUGAUCCCUCCGUCAGCUCCUGCAAAGAAUUUGUGUCGGCUGAAUUAAAGCAAAAAUACAUAACCA